GGUUCGAUGUUAAAGUUAAUGAAGUUAUCAGAAUAUGAGCACUUGAAAUUGCAUACAAGGAUAAUGGAAAACUAUAAAGAAGACGGACUAUACGUACAAUAUAUCGGAAUCACACCUUAUGUUAACGUGUUUAAGCCAGAAUACUUGGAGCAUAUUUUUCCCAGUACCGUAAAUAUCACAAAAGGUGAUUUCUAUGAUACGAUGAAACCUUGGUUGGGCAACGGACUUUUAUUAUCUACAGGUAAACAAUGGUUCCAUGAUAGAAAACUCAUCGGGCCGACGUUCCAUUUUAGUAUAUUAGAUCAAUUUGCUGUGGUUGUAUCUGAAAAAGCAGAGAUUUUGACAAAAUGUCUUCAAAAAGAGAUAGAAAAGAAUCCAGGAGAAGCCGUUAAUACGUUUCCUUUUAUUAUCAAUGCUGCUCUCGAUAUUAUCUGCGAAACAGCAAUGGGUGUAAAUAUACAUGCUCAAGAAGCCGUAACCAAAUAUACGUCAACAGUACAUCUAACUUCUUCAUUAAUAAUGGAUCGAUUAUUUCAACCGUGGUAUUGGUUUGAUUGGUUGUUCUACUCAUUGCCUGCAGGGAAACAAUUUAAAUCAGCGCUUGAUAUAUUGCAUGGAUUUACAAAAGAGGUAAUAAAUAAGAGGAAGAUUGAACGACAAUCGCAAAACGACUAUACAGAUCUCGAAAAUGAAGACAAUGAAUUUAACAUAGAUAAACGGAAGAGAAAGGCAUUCUUAGAUCUAUUAUUAGAUCAGAAUGAGAAAGAUGACACCCCUUUGACCGAUGAUGAGUUGAGAGCACAAGUCGACACGUUCAUGUUUGAGGGGCACGAUACAACUGCGGUUGCGAUAACUUGGACGCUCUUCCUUUUGGGGAAUAAUCUAGAGCAACAGACAAAAGUUCACGAGGAACUCGAAGAGGUUUUUGGAGAUUCAGAAGCACCAGCCAGAGUAAAGGAGCUGUCGCAAUUAAAGUAUCUUGACAGAGUCAUAAAGGAGACACUCCGUAUAUUUCCAAGUGUUCCUGUAAUCUCAAGGGAACUAACGGAAGAUAUAAAAAUAGAUAAUUAUAUACUUCCGAAAGAUACCACCGUCAUAUUAGCGAUCGCAUUAGCACAUCGAAACCCAGCGGUUUGGCCGGACCCAAUGAAAUUCGAUCCGGAUCGCUUCCUUCCAGAGAACUCGAAGAAUAGGAACCCGUAUGCAUAUGUUCCGUUCAGCGCUGGACCGAGAAACUGUAUAGGCCAAAGAUUCGCUCUACUCGAAGAGAAAAUCGUGUUGACUGCUAUUCUCAGGAAAUGGAGAGUAAAAAGUGUGAAAACACUCGACACAAUUAAGUACGGCGGCUCUCUCAUUUUCCGGCCGAGCGAAGAGGUAUUCAUACAUUUCACGCCGAAGAAAUGAAUAGUUUGCUAUCAAAUAUGUUUUUGUGACAUAAAUUUUAUACAAUAAAACAAGAAAAUAAUGUAAUAUACAAGGCCAUAAGGGUCAACCGCAGUUUGUUUAUAUUGCAAAAAACAAUUUAA